AUGAACGCAUCUCAGCAGAUCCACUUCUCCUCCAACUGGAAAGUUGAGUCGGUAAUCAUUUCUGUAAUAUUCUCUAUUAUUUUUCUGCUUGGUACCGUGGGGAACUGUCUUGUGCUCGCGGUUCUCAUUCACAAUGGCCAGAUGAAUUCAAAGAGCACCAACCUGUUCAUCCUGAACCUCGGGCUGGCGGACCUCUGCUUCAUCGUCUUCUGCGUGCCUUUCCAGGCUACCAUCUACACCAUGGACGAGUGGGUAUUUGGACAGUUUGUGUGCAAAGCUGUGCACUUUAUCAUCUACCUGACCAUGUACGCGAGCAUCUUUACUCUGGCAGCGGUGUCUCUGGACAGAUAUCUCGCUAUUCGGUAUCCUCUGCGCUCAAGAGAAACCAGAACUCCCCGUAAUGCUCUGACCUCCAUCAGCCUUGUGUGGGCUCUGUCGCUGUUCUUCUCUAGCCCUUAUCUCAGCUACUACCAGCAGAUGGAUCUAGACGGGACCACCGUUUGCAUCCCAGCGUGGAACACUCAUCACCGUCGAGCCAUGGACGUCUGCACCUUCAUAUUCGGCUACAUGAUCCCAGUCCUCAUUCUCAGCAUCACGUAUGCUCGCACCAUCCGCUACCUCUGGACCUCCGUGGACCCCAUGCAGGACAUGUCAGAGUCCCGCAAGGCCAAGCGCAAGGUGACCAAGAUGAUAAUCAUCGUGGCUGUGCUCUUCUGUUUAUGUUGGCUCCCACAUCACCUGGUUAUCUUGUGCAUGUGGUUCGGCCACUUCCCACUCAACCACACAACCUACGUCCUCCGCAUUCUCUCUCACCUGGUGGCCUACACCAACUCCUGCCUGAAUCCCAUCGUCUACGCCCUGGUGUCUAAACAUUUUCGAAAAGGCUUCAAGAAGGUUUUUGGCUGUUCAUUUCCUAAUCGGGUCAUAAACCAGAUCCACACUGUGCAACCGGUGCAGACGCUGAGCCUGGUGGAAGCUGCCUCGUGCGAAGGAUCCAAUCAUAAUGACGGGUCAAACCGGGGUCGCCUCUGGAGCAAAGGCAAGAUGGUGACGAGCACCUUCAUGACAUUUAAUGUGACAUAAUCCACUUACACUCUCACCUACUGUCAAAUCAGCGUUUACCAAAGUAUAAAACUCUUCUGUUCCAGUGGCUUUUAACAGUAUUAGCUGUGAUUGCAUAACAAAAGUUAUCAUAAGUACAGAUUGUCAGGGAGAGUGGAAGCAGCGCUUUUUGUGUUCUUGGUGAAGACAUUGACUGAUAUUUAAAAUGAAAAUCUCUUGCGUCUGUGUUUUGUCAGUGUUGGCAGCUUUUGUCGCUGUGCAGUGGUGGCUGUGUGCUUUCAGACUGUGAAUCAUGGUAUGGUUUUCCGGAGGUACGAACAGAUUGAAUUAUCAGAGGACAGUGCCGGCAUCAAGUUGUUUGGUUCAAACAUUGACACGGUGAACAUUUAUAACAAUUUGAUCUUAUUUUUAGAAUUGAUGUUUUU